AACUGAAUAUUUAAAAAACGUAUAUUGGGGCUAUUUUUAUUCAAUUUAAUUUGAUGGUUGACAUAACAUCAAUCAAAUUUUUGCACAUCAUGAGUGUGCUUUCUUAAAUAAUCGCUGUUAUACAAUACGUCAGUUAUAUUUUUAUAGUACCGCGAUUUACAUUUUUAAUAUUACAAUGCUACCUCAAUCACAGAUUACAUACCGCAGGAACUCGAUCUGUAUAGUUCUGAUCAGAUGUCAUUGCCAUGACAUAAAUUUUAUAUAUAAAUGAGGACCAACCACAUAUUACCUUUGCCAAUUAAGUCAGAACCGUAUAUCUGAAUUUUACGUAAGUCUUUAAACAGCACAAGAUAAUAAAUUUGUAUGAUUUAUCUGCAGAACACGAGGUUCCUUCCAAUGUCCUGCAGUCCCGCAGACUGAAGGUGGCGUCUUUGGCAAAGACGCCACUCUCUGGUGCCGCACUGCAUUGUGGGUAUGUCAGUUCUGAUCAUAUAGGUCUAGGUGCGGCUCAGUCAUGUUGUCAGAAGAGAUCCUGUGCGGCACACGGCAGGUCAUCGCAGGGUUAGAGGCUCUACGGGGGGAGAACCAAAGCCUCCUCGACAGCCUACAGGAGAUCCUGCAGCACCGGCCAGCCAGUGAGACCGGGAGCGUGGAACAGGAGAAGCAUGGUCUUAUCCAGCAGUCACUGGACAGGAUUGAGCUCGGUCUGGGGGAAGCUCAGCUGAUGGUGGCCCUGUCGGCACACCUCGGCUCCCUGGAGGCAGAGAAGCAGAAGCUUCGGGCUCAGGUCCGCCGGCUGUGCCAGGAGAACCAGUGGCUGCGCGAUGAGCUGGCCGGCGCCCAACAGCGGCUGCAGGAGCUGGAGCAGCAUGUGGUCGCCCUGGAGGAGCAGAACCAGCACCUGCAGUUCAUGAGCAGCAUUCGAAAAUACGACCAGGACGAGUCGCCGUUGGAUGAUAAAGAAACCGUCUCUUCUAAGGAAUCCCUAGAUGAUCUCUUCCCUACGGAUGAGGAGGAACAGUCACAGAUCUCCCGGCAGCACAGCAGCGCGGUCAUGGCUGCCCAGCAAGGAGGGUAUGAGAUCCCCGCCCGCUUGCGUACCCUACAUAACCUGGUGAUCCAGUACGCUUCCCAGGGCCGGUAUGAGGUGGCCGUGCCCCUGUGCAAGCAGGCUCUGGAGGACUUGGAGAAGUCCUCGGGCCAUAUCCACCCCGAUGUGGCCACCAUGCUUAACAUCCUCGCCCUGGUCUACAGGGAUCAGAAUAAGUAUAAAGAGGCAGCCAACUUGCUGAAUGAUGCACUGGCCAUACGGGAGAAGACCCUAGGCAUAGACCACCCCGCAGUGGCGGCCACCCUCAACAACCUGGCAGUUUUAUACGGCAAAAGGGGCAAGUUCAAGGAGGCGGAGCCCCUGUGCAAGAGGGCACUGGAGAUCAGAGAGAAAGUGCUGGGAAUGGACCAUCCAGAUGUAGCCAAACAGCUAAACAACCUGGCCUUGCUGUGCCAGAACCAAGGGAAAUACCAAGAGGUGGAACAGUAUUACGAGCGUGCCCUGCAUAUCUACGAGAGUUGCUUGGGGCCAGAUGACGCCAACGUGGCCAAGACCAAGAACAACCUGGCCUCCUCUUACUUAAAGCAAGGGAAGUACAGACAAGCUGAGGCCCUUUACAAGGAGAUCCUGACCCGGGCCCAUGAGAAGCAGUUUGGAUCAGUCGAAGGGGAUGGCAGCUCCAUGUGGUUCAGCACAGACGAGGGAAUCUGCCGACAGGACGGACUGGGCAGCCUGAAGCGCAGCGGCUCCUUCACCAAACUGCGGCAGUCCAUCCGGAGGAGCAGCGAGAAGCUGGUGCGCAAGCUGAAGGGAGUCGGGGCAGAGGACGCCGCUGCUCCUACUCCAGGAAUGAAAAGGGCCAAUUCCCUUAAUGUGUUGAACGUUGGCGUACGAGAGAACCAGGAUGCGGCCCAGAGUCCUAGCAGCUUGACAGACUCUCGGACCCUGAGCUCCAGCGCCCAGAGUCUGGCUCGUCGUGCAUCCCUGACUGGAACCAGAUAGUAGCUCACCUGGCAACCUUUGACCCGUAACUCUGGACCUGUGUUUGUGAGUGGACCGCUUCCUGCUUAAGACCCUCUUAUCUCCUAAACCUUCACUUGUCCCACUGGAUUAUCUGUACCAAGACACAAAAGAAUCCUGGUGAAUGGCCCUGCUGGUCCCACAGGGGCAGCGGGAUCUUGUGGGAUAAGUGCAGGAUUCAGCCCCAUUUCACAGACAAGAAGCCAGUUGUGUGGGUAAAUCUGAUUGGAUUAUUUAACACAAAUGUUAUUCAGCAAGGGAAGGACUGUCUGUGGACUCGCACUGGUUGAAUUUCAUGUGCUACUGGUUCACUAAACCAUGUGGGUCAAAUAACCAAAAGAAAAUAGGUUACGUCAGCACUGUUUGUAGGGCAGAUUCACCAGCACUGGAAAAAGGCAGGGUCUUAACCAACCAGUUGAGUAUUCUCUGGCUGUGCCUCGUUAUAAUUAACUGAUUGGUUGAAACAAAAUCUUGAUCUGGAUUUUUACUUCUUGGACCUGAACUUUCCACCUCUGCAAAUAAUUUCAUUUUACUUUUUUUUGCUCAAUUCAAUUAUGCAAUCAUGACUUUAAAAAUAUUAUUAUUAAGUUCAGUGGUAACUGAAAGUAAGUGUUUGUCAUUUUAGGAAAAGUUUAAUUCAAACUUUUUUUAUAUUUUACUCAUAUUUUGAUAUUUUAAUUUUUUAAAUUCUUGUUAAAAUGACAUAUAAAGCACAAUUAACUCUCAAGCCUACAACAAUAAAAAGAAACUAGGUCCGGUUUCAUAAAUCAAAUGCUUUUUGCUGUAUUCUUGUAGCGACCUAGCAGAGAAGAAAAUUAACAGACUACUUGUACAAUGUUUAAAAUGUUUUUGAAUUUUAAAAUAAAUCCCUACCUUAUAUUUCAGUACAAACAUUUCAGCGAGCUGGUUCCCUCACCACUGCACCCCUUGAAACACACUAUUGCUAUAAAACUGAAAUGACCUGGUUAGUACUUUCACUGUGGUAUUUUUAGUCGCACUGGCACUGCCUCAUGUACAUUAAAAAUGCAGUCUCAUCAAAUGUGUUGUACUAUUUAAAAAAUGUCACAAUUUUCAGAAACAAACUACAUUACUAAAUCAGGAUACUGAUCUUCAGUUGAGUGAACAAAUAUUGAUAGUCCCCAUAUUUUACGAACCCCAGCUUUGUCUGAUGUAAUCCUGCAGGCAGCCCCGAUGUCUGGUAACAUUAACUUACCCAGCUUUCAAAUCCACAGCCAGACAAGCCGAUUAGAUUACAGACCAUGAUUUCAGCAGCUCUGUUGUGCUGGUUAAAUAUGUAGCACUUCAAGGAGCAGGAAUUCAGUUCCUGAUAACUGAUCCGAGUAGAACGUAACAGAAGAGCCAUAUAAGUGGGAA